AUGAAGAUCUGGAGCUCGGAGCACGUGUUCGGACACCCCUGGGAUACAGUGAUCAAAGCUGCUAUGAGAAAGUACCCAAACCCAAUGAAUCCGUGUGUGGUAGGAGUAGAUGUCCUCGACAGAAGCCUUGAUAACCAGGGGAGGUUGCAUAGUCACCGUCUUCUCAGCACAGAGUGGGGAUUGCCAAGUAUUGUAAAAGCGAUUUUAGGAACAAGUAGAACUCUGACUUACAUUGAGGAACGUUCAGUGGUAGAUCCAGUGGAAAAAAAGAUGGAGCUUUGCUCAACUAAUAUUACUCUCACAAACUUGGUGUCUGUUGAUGAGAGACUAGUUUACACACCUCAUCCUGAAAACCCUGAAAAAACUGUGCUAACUCAAGAAGCAAUUAUUACUGUUAAAGGCAUUAGCUUGAGCAGUUAUCUGGAAAGCUUAAUGGCAAACACAAUAUCUUCUAAUGCCAGAAAGGGUCGGGAUGCCCUGGAGUGGGUGAUCAGCAAACUAAACACAGAAUUGGAGGAGCUGAAGUCAACGCGUGAGGGCAUGAAACCAGCCAUGGCAGCAGCGUCAACAGAAAAAUAAAACCAAAAAUACCAAGUAACUGACAGAAAAGUUUUAUUCUGCAGGCUGCUUUGUAGAUCUCCCUUCCAAGCCUGAUCUGCAGAGGUUUUAUAUAUUUAUAAGAAAUUGGUUCAGCAGAAAAGUAACCUCAUCCGUCAUCUCCACAGCAGCUCCUGUUGCCUACUGAAGAUUAAAUUGACCUCCCGCAGAUACUGUUUUCAUUUAAACAAUUUAUUUUUAACACUGGAAACAAAACAUUUAGCACGUUUAAAACUGCCUAAAUGUGCCUUUUAUAACAAAGAUAGAGAGUAUGUUAUAUUUACACCAUCUCGGUUUUUCGUACUCAAACUUGAAAAGAAUGCAUGUGUGGUAUUAAGGGUUUUCCGUGUGAACGUUCGUUCUGUGAAGGACUGAUAGGUACCAGAGCACUGAAUUUUGUCUGUUUUGUAAUCUGAUAGUGUCUUACGACCAUUUAAAGGGAACUACAUGCGUCAGAACAUGAUACUGUAGAAUUGGAUAUCUAUCUAGAGGAUCAUCCCAAAAAGCUAAAACUUGUGUGGUACUAACUUUUCUUAUCUUGUUUAAAUGUGCUGCCUGAACAUGACACACAGAUACUUUACUUCUUAGAUGUUUGUAUCCAAACGAAGAUAAAGUUUCUAUUGAUGUUAAUAGCCUAAAACAGUUUUUUGGUGGGGAGAAGGGUAUAAUUUAUUUUCAUAUUAUUUAUUAACUUGCCCUAGUUCCUCCCCUCCCUAUGAGGAGAGGAGCAGUAAUUCCUGGAAGGUGCUGGAAAAUACUUCUCUUAUUUAUCUCUAAGAAGGGUACUUGAACGAAGAGACUGUGCUGUUCCACUGAUCCUUGCUCUUCACAUCAUGUCUUAACUGAGGGAGAGACUGAUGCAAUAACCAGAAGAGUUGAAAUGAGAAAUAAGCAGGAAAUUUGAAAUCCAAAUGGUAAGGUUUCAUGAACACGUACUUUUCAUGCCCUGAAUGGAGAAAACAACAGUACAAGAAAAACAAACGGACUCUCCUUUUCGAGUGUUUUCUACUAACUACUGACUACCAGUGUAACUGAAUUUUUUCAAUGCUUUUCUACAUUGGUACAAAAUGAUUUUAGGAUCAUUUUAAAUGCUUCUCAUUAUCUGGAAAAAUACUCCAGUAACUGCAGAAAUUGCUUCCUAUAAAAUGUGCAUAAAUAUAUAUUAGUAACAGUGCUAGCCUUGUCUGAUGUUCACAAAUUUUCGUAUUUGGUCCAGGUGUAGUAUACAUUUCUUAGACAGCCCUCUGCUAGGGCAUUUUAACUUAUUUUUUGGUGUGGACACAAAGUGAAAUAAAUGUUGCAAGGAUGUUUACUCGGUCAAGUGGGAAGCAUGUGUUUAGGAAGCUGUUAAAGAGCAUGAGUAACUUCUAAAAAAACUAGAAGAGUAGAAUGUUGGUCACUGUUUUGAUCUGGUAAUGUUAAAGUGUCUGUAGCUUAAGGGAAAUUUCAGUGUUCGUAUUCUGGUUAGUCUGAAAGUGAACAUUAAUUUGGGUGUAACUAUAGUCUCACUAAAUUACAUGAUCCUAAUGAAUAAACUUAAUUUAAAAAAAAUAUAUAUAUUAGUUGAAAGCAAUUAAUGAGUAGCUAAUAUUUACGUUGCUCUUUUUAUAUGGACCUAAAACCUUUCUUAUUUUGGAACAGAAACUUAGAGCUUAAAGGCUGAUAGCAGCUCCUUUCCAGAAGAUACGCUGGAUAGCUUUGGUGCAGGUCAGUUGUUGUGCUUCUCAGAGGAGUGAUGCCACUUCCUGGAUAAAGAAUGCAGAAGAUGCUCUAGCUCCUGGUGGCAUUCUGCUAGGAAGGGGAGUGCAGCUAUGGCAGAGCUCUGCAAACAAAAAGAAAAGACGAGUAAGUGUGUGUGCAUGUCGAAACCUGUACUACAGCAUUUCCAUACAUGCCUACUGGAGAUGAUGAAAACAUACUGUUGAGGGGGUAGAAAAGUCUUUGGAGAGGUUCAUGCAUUGCUUCAGUUUGGAAGAAGAAUUGUCUAAAGCUGCCUCUUGCAUCAGAUCUGAAAUAAUUGCUUAGUGUUGUCUUAAAGCCAACUGACUUGUGUAUAGCACCUUCCAGCACUAGCUGGUGUCCCAGGAAAGUCACCACAGGCUCCUAUAUUCUGUCUAGGGCCGGACUCCUCUGCCACACCUUAGGGUCAGUACCAGUUAUGCAUCAGUUUUCUGGGUUACUUUCUUUGCACUUUGUUUCCUUCUUCCAGAAACAAAUCCUUAUCUGCUUGUGUUGCAGCAUCUCCUUUCUGUUCCAUUCCCCACUGGUUUUGGGCUGCUUCUGUUCCACAUUUCAUGCUACUUGGGAACUACAUGGCUAGAUGCUUGGUUUUCCAAUGUCUGCAGCUCCACUUACCAUGGAUCAGCACCUUGCCUGCUUGUGCUCAGUCCUCUGCUGCUUUUCUCUAAGCUAAAUGGGAGUGGGGAAGCUUUAGUUAGGAAAAAGACGGAUUUCUUCCAGAGGCCAGUUCCGUCACCCAGCUGCCUCUCUCUGCUGCCGGACAGUGCUGCUGCUUCUCACCUUGGCUUUCGGGUAGGUGACACUCCUGCACCUCUGGCCUUAUUGAUCUUCCUGUGGUUGCUCAUUUUGCCAGUGUGUACGAAGGACCUUGCAGGCAGUGGUCACCUGGGACCAAGUAGGCUCCGGUGUUUAGCAGAUGAAGCGGUUCUUAAUUUCCCGUAAGCUUUCCUGGACACUUUCACUCUUCUGCUUUCUGCCUAUCUAGUUUGCAUAUGGGGCUCGCACCCUUCUUCUCCCUUGACCAUGUGACUCUUCUCCAUGGGAUCUGAUGGUAUCUGUAGCUUCACGUUCAGCCCUGCUAUGCAUAACACUGUUUUUGAAGCACUCCAUUUUCCACUCCAGUUCUGUCACUGUUACAGUCCGAGUUCACCAUUGGGGCAAAAAAACCCCUACCUUUGGACACAACCCAUCUUUCCUUUAUUUACUGGAAAUGGCUAAAAAAUAUUUCUGAAGUCAGUUUUAUGUCAUGUGAAUUGACUGAGGUGUCCAUCAAAGACAGAAAGCUGCAUGUGAGGGAAAGUGCUAGGCUGCUUGCAGG